AUAUUGUGGAUGGAAGUGACCUGAAGCAAUUUUUUGAGAACAAUUAUUCUCAAAUUUAUUUUAUAUUCUAUGAAAACUUCAUAACACUGGAAAAUAGCUUGAAACAAAAAGGCAAUAAAUCACAAAGGGAGGAGCUGGACUCCAUUCUUUUUCUUUUCGAAAAAAUAUUGCAGCUACUACCUGAGAGGAUUUUUUAUCGAUGGCAUUUUCGCAGUAUAGGAUCAAUUCUGAAGAAACUUUUACACACUGGAAAUGCUCUCAAGAUAAGAUGUGAAGGAAUACGGCUGUUUCUCCUCUGGCUUCAAGCGCUGCAGACUAACUGUGCGGAAGAGCAGAUAUUAAUAUUUGCCUGCCUCGUGCCUGGCUUCCCACCCCUCAUGUCCUCCCGAGGUCCCUGCACCCUCGAUAAUCUCAUUAGUCCUCCCAGUGCCCCAGACGCUAAGAUUUUCCCGGAAGAAAUAACCCCGCUUUUGCCAGCUGUCUCUGGAGAGAAAAUUGCUGAAGACCAAACCUGCUAUUUUCUUCAGCUACUGUUAAAAUAUAUGGUAAUUCAGGCUGCAAGCUUGGAGUGGAAGAAUAAAGAGAACCAAGACACUGGUUUUAAGUUUCUCUUCACCUUGUUUAGAAAAUACUAUCUUCCGCACUUGUUUCCAUCUUUUACAAAGCUCACCAACCUCUACAAACCUGUUCUUGAUAUUCCCGAUAUAAGACCAAGACCAGUAUACAUUACUGCAACACGAAACAAUGAAAAUGUCUACAGCACAAAAAUCCCAUAUAUGGCAGCUCGAGUAAUUUUUAUUAAGUGGCUUGUUACCUUCUUUCUUGAAAAGAAAUAUUUAAGUGCUGUUCAGAAUACAAAAAAUGGAGGAGAAAUGCUCCCUAAAAUUAUUCAGACUGUUGGUGGGGUAAACCAAGAUAAAACCGCAGAGCUGGAAACUGACGUGUCUUACGCAGGUGAGCAGGAGAGAAGCCACUCCAACAGCAGCACCUUGUCUGACAGAAGGCCCAGCAACUCUAGCCUCUGCAGCAUCGACGAGCAGCACCGCACUGUCUAUGAGAUGGUGCAGAGGAUCCUCUUAUCCACUCGAGGAUACGUUAACUUCGUUAACGAGGUGUUUCGACAAGCUUUUUUAUUGCCGCCUUCUGAUAUAUCAGCAACACGAAAAGUGGUGAAGGUAUAUCGAAAGUGGAUACUGCAAGAGAAACCUGUGUUCAUGGAGGAGCCAGACAAAAAGGAAGACAGUCAGGAUGCUGUCGUCAGCUUAGAGGAUUCCUCAGUGCAGAUGGAUGGUAAACAUCUUUCCUCUGACCAUUCAGGACAUAAGCGCUCAUCCAGCUGGGGGAGAACGUACUCCUUUACCAGUGCUGUUAACAGAGGAUGUGUAUUGGAAGAUGAGGACAAAAACGUUAAAGCUGGGGCUCAAGCAGCGUUACAGGUGUUCCUGACAAACUCCGCUAAUGUUUUCUUGCUGGAACCAUGCAUUGAGGUCCCGCUGCUUCUGAAGGAGCAGGUUGAUGCUUGCAAAGCAGUUCUGAGUAUUUUCAGGCGCAUGAUAAUGGAGCUAUCAAUGGAUAAGAAGACAUGGGAACAGAUGUUACAGAUACUUCUUAGAAUAACAGAAGCUGUCAUGCAGAAGCCAAAAGAAAACCAAAUAGAGGAUACGUUUGCUCAAAGCAUGUCGGGAUUACUUUUCCGGACCCUCAUUGUGGCUUGGAUCAGAGCAAACCUGAGCGUUUACAUUUCUCGGGAGCUGUGGGAUGACCUGCUCAGUGUUUUGUCUGCCCUGACUGACUGGGAGGAGCUCAUAACUGAGUGGGCCAACAUCAUGGACUCGCUGACAGCAGUGCUAGCAAGGACCGUGUAUGGGGUGGAAAUGACAAACUUGCCCUUGGAUAAGCUCAGUGAACAAAAAGAAAAAAAGCAGAGAGGAAAAGGUGGUGUUUUAGAGCCUCAGAAGACAGCUGUGGUGGGAAGAUCUUUUUCAUUAAGCUGGAAGAGUCAUCCUGAAGUUGUGGAGCCAAUGAGGUUCCGAAGUGCUACGACGUCUGGUGCCCCCGGAGUUGAGAAAGCAAGGAACAUUGUUCGUCAGAGGGCAACAGCUAAGCGAAGCCAGUCUAUCAGCAACUGUGUUCACCUCUCUGAGCCUUUGCCAGCCACUAAAAGUGUCCCUCUUCUGCUUCACACUGUGAGCUCUCUCUUACCUGGUAUCUCUUACACUUCUUCCUCUCACAGACUGUCAGAAGUUGAAGAAUCUCAACAGCUGGAAAAUUCAACUGGAACAGAAGCUACAGGCCUAUGUGCAGACCAAGAGCAGCAGCUAACUCGAAGUAGCAGCACUUCAGAUAUUAUGGAUCAGUUUCCAUCUGAUUUUUUUCAAGGUAAAAAGGCUGGAAGUUCUCAUAAUUUAACUUCAGAUCCCAAAUCAGUUCAGGAAAAUAAAGGAUAUGCAAUGAAGGAACACGAAGCAGAGCAAGUACCAGUACAAAGAAGCAGUAGUACAGCUGAGUUAGAUGUGAAAGCAGACUUGCAGCAGUCACGUGGAAAUGGUAGAGAGAGAGAAAAAAGUGAAAGUGUGAGCAGCGACACAUCCCUGGGCUACAAUAACGAGGUGGAGGUGGUGCUCCUCCCCUGGCAAGCCUCUGAAGAUGACCACGAGGUUAAUGCGGCAGCAGAUGUGUGUGUGGACCCUGAUGCACCUCGAUGGCUUCAGCUGAGUCCUUCGGAUACUGCAAAUCUAACAGACAGCAGUGAGUUCCUCGCGGAUGACUGCAGUAUAAUUGCCGGUGGAAGCCUCAUCGGUUGGCAUCCCGAUUCUGCUGCUGUGCUGUGGAGGAGGAUCCUGGGAAUUCUUGGAGAUGUAAACAACAUACAGUCACCCAAAAUCCAUGCAAAAGUUUUUGGGUGUCUUUAUGAGUUGUGGUAUAAACUUGCAAAGAUACGGGACAACCUGGCUAUAACUGUGGACAAUCAGUCUACUCCCUCUCCUCCUGUCUUAAUUCCUCCUCUCAGAAUAUUUGCAUCAUGGUUGUUCAAGGCAACCACCCUGCCAAAUGAGUAUAAGGAAGGCAAACUUCAGGCAUACAGGCUGAUUUGCGCUAUGAUGACUAGGCGUCAAGAUGUUCUGCCAAAUUCUGAUUUCCUCAUUCAUUUCUAUUUUGUGAUGCACCUCGGCUUAACAAGUGAAGACCAGGAUAUCUUAAAUACUGUUGUAAAGCACUGCCCACCUUGGUUUUUCUUCCUGGGCUUACCCGGCUUUACGAUGCUGAUUGGAGACUUCAUUACCGCGGCGGCCAGGGUUCUGAGCACGGAUGCGCCGGAGGCUCCCCGUUCAGAAGCUCACACCAUCCUUGGUUCUCUUGUUUGCUUUCCAAACGUCUACCAAGAAAUCCCACUGUUGCGGCCCAUUUCAGAAGCUGGUGAGAUCAUCGCGGGAACUGCAGAUGUGAAGUGCUACCUCAUAAAUAUUCUACUGAAGAAUGCUACAGAGGAGCCAGAUGAAGCUGCAAGAUGUGUAGCCAUUUGUGGCCUCGGAGUUUGGAUAUGUGAAGAGCUAACACAGUGCACAAACCAUCCCCAAGUGAAGGAAGCCAUCAAUGUCAUAGGUGUGACCCUGAAGUUUCCUAACAAGCCAGUAGCUCAGGUAGCCUGCGACGUUCUUCAGCUGCUGGUUUCUUACUGGCAAAAGCUUCAGAUGUACGAAUCCUCUCUGUCCAGAAAAAUAACGGAAAUCCUUGUGGCCACUAUUGCAUUUCUUUUGCCGAGUGCAGAAUAUUCCUCUGUGGAAGCAGAUAAAAAGUUUAUAGUUUCACUGCUCCUUUGCUUGCUGGAUUGGUGUAUGGCAUUACCCAUGAAAAUGCUGCUGGAGCCGGUGUCUGCUGAUGGUCUUGAAGAUCAACAUGCAUCCAAAGCUCCUUUGCUCGACUAUAUUUACAGAGUUCUGCACUGCUGUGUGAAUGGCUCCAGCACCUACACUCAGCAGAGCCACUACGUGCUGAGCCUGGCCGACCUCUCAUCCAGUGAUUACGACCCGUUUUUGCGACUGGGGAAUGUGAAGAGCUUCGAGCCAGCCCAGUGCCACUCCUCUGCCGAUCUGGGCAACCUGCUCACUGUGGCUGAGGAAAAAAAGAGGAGGAAUUUGGAACUGAUACCUUUAACGGCGCGAAUGGUUAUGACUCACCUGGUGAAUCACCUGAGCCACUACCCACUCAGUGGAGGCCCAGCCAUUCUCCACAGUCUCCUGAGCGAGAACCAUGACAACUCCUACGUGGAGUCCUCAGAGCUGUCCUCGGAAGUCUUCCGGAGCCCCAACCUGCAGCUCUUCGUGUUCAAUGACAGCACUCUUAUUUCUUACCUCCAAAUCCCUGCGGAGAAGAAGACGGACACCGAGGCAGCAGUGAGCCCCUCGGACGUCAGGGUCAUUGUCAGGGAUAUCUCAGGGAAGUACUCUUGGGAUGGCAGGAUAUUGUACGGACCUCUGGAGGGCUGCCUCCCACGGCAGGGCGCGACCAGCGCGUUCGUGAUCCCGGGCAACCCCGAGCACCACUUGAUUUCCCAGAAAGAUGUUUCUCAGGUGGAGGAAGGAGAGGACGCUCUUGACCAGCUGCUGGAAAGGAUCGGCAGCACCAGUCCCGAAUGCCUCCUGCAUCCUCAGCGAAAGCUGAAUGAGCCAUCACCGCCACCCUUUGGGAUGAGCUCAGAGCAAGAGUGUGCCAUCACUGAAGCCCUGCUGCGGCAGAGUGCCCGGGAAGAAGAGCACGUAGUUAAAUGCAGCUCGGACCUUGGUAUGAAGGUGGCCUGUCAAGAAGAACCGUGUCCCACUGAACCUCAAGCGUCCUUUUAUUUCUGUCGGCUGCUGCUGAGUGACUUGGGAAUGAACUCCUGGGACAGAAGAAAAAGCUUUCAUCUUCUUAAGAAAAACUCAAAAUUACUGCGAGAACUGAAAAAUCUGGAUUCCCGCCAAUG